ACCUGUCUGGGAGCCUGGGGCAGGCCCCGGGCAUCACUGGCGAAGUGGCCUGUGCAUGUUCUGUGGGCACAGCCACCUUAUCUUGGUCCCCACACCCCCCUGGGCUGGCUGAUACCUCUCAUCUCCGCAGAGACAGCAGGCAGGGAGGCUGGGCUGGGUCAGGCUCUCCCUCCUGCCCCCACAAGAAGAACGAUCUCUGCCCACUGUGGACGGUGAGACAGCACCUAUUCCCCCUGCCCAAGUGUCUGCCUGCACGGGUGAGAAACGGCAGGUCCCAGGCCACGGACGCCGGUGCAGAGAGAACUGAGGUCAUCUCUGGAACGCUGUGACCCCGGCUUCCUCCCUCACCUCUGCUCCCUGUGCUCUCUGCUGUCCGAGGUGUGUGUCCGUUCCGGGGGAGGAGGACGGCAGAGCCCCGGCCAACAGGGGCAGAGGGCGCCCUGGCGUGAGUGCGACAGUCCUCACUGUUCUCCCAGCCCUUCCUCCUCAGCCAGCAGAGAGGGUGGCCUUGAGGGGCCCCGGGCGCAGCAGCACCAUGGCCUCGGCCACCUUUGUGACCAGCCUGGAAGAGGAGGUCAACUGUCCCAUCUGCCAGGGCUCCCUCAGGGAGCCGGUCACCAUCGACUGCGGCCACAACUUCUGCCGUGGCUGCCUCACCCGGUACUGUGAGGUCCCGGGCCCGGCCCCGGAGGAGCUCCCCGCCUGCCCACUCUGCAAGGAGCCUUUCCGGCCCGGGGGCUUCCGGCCCAACUGGCAGCUGGCCAGCGUGGUGGAGAACAUCCAGCGCCACAAGGCGCGCUCGGGGCCCGCCGAGGAGGACGCCUGCCCGCAGCACGGGGAGAAGGUCUACUUCUUCUGCGAGGACGACGAGGCGCAGCUGUGCGUGGUGUGCCGGGCGGCCGCCGAGCACCGCGCACACACCGUGCGCUUCCUGGAGGAGGCCGCCGGGCCCUACCGGGAACAGAUACAGAAGUGUCUUGAGUGUCUAAGAAAAGAGAGAGAGGAGAUUCAAGAAAUUCAGUCAAGGGAAAAUCAAAGGAUACAAGUCCUCCAGACUCAGGUGGCCACCAAGAGACAAAGAGUGAUUUCUGAGUUUGCAUCUCUGAGCCGGUUCUUGGAGGGGCAGCACAGCGUCCUUUUAGCCCAGUUGGAGAGGCUGGAUGAGGACAUCCUGAAGCAACGGGAUGAGUUUGAUGCCCUGGUCACUGGGGAGAUGUGCCGGUUUAGCGCCCUGAUCACAGAGCUGGAGGAGAAAAAGGAGAGACCGGCCAAGGAACUCCUGACGAAUAUCAGAAGCACUUUAAUAAGAUGUGAAACCAGAAAGUGCCGAAAACCAGAGGCUGUGUCCCCUGAGCUGGGCCAGAGGAUUCGGGACUUCCCCCAGCAGGCACUCCCGCUGCAGAGGGAGAUGAAGAUGUUCCUGGAAAAUCUCUGCUUUGAGUUGGACUAUGAACCAGCGCGCAUCUCUCUAGACCCGCAGACUUCCCACCCCAAGCUCCUCCUGUCUGAGGACCACCGGCAGGCUCGGUUCUCCUACAAAUGGCAGAACUCGCCAGACAACCCCCAGCGUUUUGACCGGGCCACCUGUGUCCUGGCCCACGGUGGCUUCACCGGGGGAAGACACACCUGGGUGGUGAGUGUGGACUUGGCCCACGGGGGCAGCUGCCUCGUGGGCGUGGUUGGUGAGGACGUGCGGCGGAAAGGGGAGCUGCGGCUGCGGCCGGAGGACGGGGUGUGGGCCGUGAGGCUGGCGUGGGGCUUCGUCUCGGCCCUGGGCUCCUUCCCCGUGCGUCUAGCCCUGCAGGAGCCGCCGCGACAGGUGCGGGUGUCUCUGGAUUACGAGGUGGGCUGGGUGACCUUUGUCAACGCUGUCACCCAGGAGCCCAUCUACACCUUCACUGCCUCCUUCACCCAGAAGGUGUUCCCCUUCUUUGGGCUCUGGGGCCGAGGGUCCAGUUUCUCCCUGUGCUCCUGACGCGGUGAAGUUACCUUCCUCUGCCGCUCCAAGUGAAGGCCGCAUGGCCCUGAGCCCUGGCUGGGCCCUGGAAGAUCUGAGACAGAAACUACUGUUUUAGAUGAUAUAAUGGAGUCAAGACUUGGGCAAGGACAAGGAGGGAUGAUCUUCGAUCUGCGAUCAAGGCCUUUGCUCAGUGCCCAGUACACAGUCAGGGUGCCCUCACCAGCACCCCCGGCAGAAGUAGCUGUGCAGGAGGAGGACCGACGAGCAGCCGCAAGGCUUGGGUCUGCUCACUGCCUUGGACCAAGCAACUGGGCUGUCUGCGGCAGGGCGUCUCACCUCUCUUCAUCUUGUUUUCUUCCGAAAAUAUUAGGGUUCAUUUACUCCUAGUCUCAAGAAACAUGUAUUGUGUGUUAAUUCUGAGCCCAGCAGAAUGGUAGUCAUUGGUGAUAUAAAAAAAGAAAAGAGCCCUGGCCGGUUUGGCUCAGCGGUUAGAGCGUCGGCCUGCGGUCCGGAGAGACCCGGGUUCGGUUCUCGCUAGGGCAU